GCUGCUCUCCUCCCACUCCUCUAUGUUAAGCUGAGCUCCAGUGAGACAGUCUGGUCAAUCUGUGUGUUUAACAGAGGAAUGAACACACCAUCACAGACCUCUACAACUCCACAGUGUUACACUACCCAGGACAGGACUACUACUCCACAGUGUCACACUACCCAGGACAGACCUCUCCUACUCCACAGUGUUACACUUCACAGGACAGGACUCUCCUACUCCACAGUGUUACACUCCACAGGACAGACUAUCCUACUCCACAGUGUUACACUCCACAGGACAGGACUCUCCUACUCCACAGUGUUACACUCCACAGGACAGACCUCUCCUACUCCACAGUGUUACACUCCACAGGACAGGACUCUCCUACUCCACAGUGUUACACUCCACAGGACAGGACUCUCCUACUCCACAGUGUUACACUCCACAGGACAGACCUCUCCUACUCCACAGUGUUACACUCCACAGGACAGACCUCUCCUACUCCACAGUGUUACACUCCACAGGACAGGACUCUCCUACUCCACAGUGUUACACUCCACAGGACAGGACUCUCCUACUCCACAGUGUUACACUCCACAGGACAGACCUCUCCUACUCCACAGUGUUACACUCCACAGGACAGACCUCUUCAUUCUGUCCACUGGUAGAGAGCAGCAGAGUCCUCUGGGGUUUGGAACAGAAUAUUGUUGUUGUUGUUGCCCCGUCUGAGGAUGUGGAAGAGGAGGGGUUUAUAGUGACCAUCACUGUUUCUACCAUAAGACACAGAACUACUGGAUAUUCAACCAAGAGGAAAGAGACAGAUCCAUUAAUGUGGAAGAGGAGACCAUCACUGUUUCUACCAUAAGACACAGAACUACUGGAUAUUCAACCAAGAGGAAAGAGACAGAUCCAUUAAUGUGGAAGAGGAGACCAUCACUGUUUCUACCAUAAGACACAGAACUACUGGAUAUUCAACCAAGAGGAAAGAGACAGAUCCAUUCCUGCAACAAUCCCGAGACGUACAAGAACACGUUAUCAAGGGGAACUUCUGUCACCUGUAAUCAUUGUUUUGGAGAAGAGAGGAGAUUUGACGCCAUCUUGACAACACUCAUCAUCUAGUGAAAACCAGGGGAAACACACCAGGCCCAGUUGCAAGCAAAGUUCUUGAACAGAACUGUUUGGGACUUUUGCACGUCGCCAUGGCGUCCACAGGUCUACAGUUACUUGGCCUCCUAUUGGCCGUGAUGGGCUGGGUGGGCGGGGCUCUCGUCUGCGCCGCCCCCUUGUGGCGAGUCUCCGCCUUCGCGGGUGGGGAGAUCGUGAUCGCCCAGGUUCUCUGGGAGGGGCUAUGGAUGACGUGUUUGUCCCAGAGUACGGGACAGAUCCAGUGUAAGACUUACGACUCUACCCUGGCCCUCCCCGUCUCCGCCCAGGUGUCCCGUACCCUCUCCGUGCUCUCCCUCCUCUUCUGCCUCUUCGCCCUCCUGCUAGGCGUGGCUGGGGCGAAGUGCACCAAGUGUCUAGGGGAAGGAGCCUACUCGUCCAAGGCUAGGCUAGCCCGCGUGGCUGGGGCUCUGUUCUUCUUCUCUGGGCUGCUCUACCUGAUACCCAUCUGCUGGACGGCCUACGCCGUGGUCAGGGAUUUUUACGAUCCAAAAGUCGCCGCGCCGCUGAAGAGAGAGUUAGGCCCCGCCUUGUAUCUAGGCUGGGGGGCGGGAAUUCUGCUGCUGGUUGGAGGGGCUCUGCUAAACGCAGGCUCCUCCCCUCCAGGGGUUAGGGCAACGCCUACUUUUGGGGGAGGUGGGAGGAGUAACCCACUGCCCGUGGUGGUAGAGGAGAAGGAGUAUGUUUGAACCGUCCCACACCAGGGUUGUGUUCAUUACUUUGUGAGAAAAUGGACUGAAACAGGGAGGGACUACCUGAACGCGUCCAAUAAGAAAUGUUCAUUUUUGUUGUCCAAUGUAAAACUUUUUGCAACAUUAUGCCCUAAUGAUUACAACCCCGUCACUAAACUCUCAGUGAAGGAGAGACAGGUCAACAUGUAAAUAAGAAAAUGCUUAUGAUUACGUUUCAGAAAAUCUGCAUGAUUAUUCUCCAUUUCUUUAUGACCACUUGUAGACAGCUUGGUUAUUUUGUUAUGACAUCAUCUUCUAGUUGUUUUCAUUAUGACAUCAUCUUCUAGUUGUUUUCAUUAUGACAUCAUCUUCUAGUUGUUUUCAUUAUGACAUCAUCUUCUAGUUGUUUUCCUUAUGACAUCAUCUUCUAGUUGUUUUCCUUAUGACAUCAUCCUCUAGUUGUUUUUAUUCUGAUUUGAGUUUUCUGUGUUAACUUCUUCUUGGUGAGUGUAAUUUAUACAUGAAAUAAUAAAGUAUUUUACAACA